GGCAGGUUAAGCAAUGCAUUUAUUUAAAGCGAUUAUACAAGUUCUCUUUAUUUGCCUUGCAUUGCUAAAGGCAAUAUCCAGUACACCAUAUUAUUAUAAAGCAUUAGAUGGCAGAGAAUAUCUAAUAGAAACAGAUAAAAAGUACAACUGGUAUCAAGCUUGGCAUGAAUGUGCGCGAAGGAAUCUUCAACUAACUGUAAUUGAUUCGCAAGCUAAAAAUUUAAACAUUAUCGAUCUAUUGAAAAAAGUCAUAGGAAAAUCUAGUAAUUUAUGGUUGGGCGGUAAUGAUGAGUUUAGUUCUAAAAAAUCUGUCACACGACCUUUUUACUGGGCGGCCACAGGAAAACGAAUCGUAUUUAGCUAUUGGUCGGACAAUCAACCCGACAAUAAUCGAAAAAAUGAACACUGUGCUCACAUCUGGGACCAUAAGUCUGCCUAUAAAUGGAAUGAUAUUGACUGUACUGAAAAAAUGGGCUUCAUAUGUGAAAUCAAUCAUUAUGUCGAAACCUGUAAUAAAAAUCUUAAGAAUAAAUGUGAUGGUGUCAUACAAUCAAGUUCAUCAAUUUCAGAGGAUUUCGUACAGAAACAAAAACAACAGCAAACCGAAAUUGAUAAUAAAAUACAAAGUACUAAAAGUGUGUUAGAUGAUUGGAAGAUAGAAAUUCAACAAUUGCAAAAUUCUACACAAGCAGCUGUACAAAAACUACUCAAUAAUCAUUUGGUUUCAGUGCAGCAGUCGACAGAGAAAAUGCUAAAUCAAUUAAAGGAUUUGGAUGAGCAAUUGAGGAAUUCAACCAUUGAGACAAAUUCACAGUUUGGCGAAAAAUUGAAUGAAAAACAAAAUGAAAUAAAUAAAAUCUGUUGAUUUUUGUAAAUUGAUUCAAAUUCAUUUUCUAUAAAUACAUAUGUAUGUAUGUACCAAACAAUUUACGCGAAUUCCAAGUCCUAUAUAGGGCUUAGUAGCCGAAUUCCAAAAUAAUA